AUGGAGUUCAAUAGUCGUACAGUUGUGGGUUCUGUGUUUAAGAACUUUACUAGAUCAUUACGUCAUAAACCAUUGCGUCCUGAAAGAUACCCAAAAGUUAAUAUUGAAGAUGUUGAUUUGAAUCCACCAAAAUAUGGUUUUAGAAGACAAAGAGAACCAAUCAUUGCUCAAGCACCAACUAAAACAUUAUUUCCAAAUGUUGAAUUAGCUAAACAAUAUAUCGAAGCAGGUAAAAGAAUACCUAAUAGAUUUAUGAGUCAAAUGGAUUCAGAAAAGGCUCUUGAACAAUUUGAAACAUUUCAACAACAAUUAGAAUUAGAAGAACCACAUUUUAAAAUUGGUGGUAAUAAAAUUUAUUUCCCACAAGGUAGAAUUUGUUUAUUAAGACCAAAUGCUAAACAUACUCCAUAUCAAGCUAAAUUUUUAGUUCCUAAAAGUAUGAAUAAAAUGGAUUUAAGAGAUUAUUUAUGGAAUAUAUAUGGAUUAAGAGCAUUAAACGUUACUGUUCAAUUAUUACCUGCUAAAUGGGCUAGAGGUGCCUUUGAUAAUGCUCGUUAUAGAAUUCCUCAACUUAAGAAAAUGACUGUUGAUAUGGUUGAACCAUUUAUUUGGCCAGAAGUUCCAAAAGAAAAGAUCGAACAAGUUAGAGCUCAAAGAGCAGGUAGUGAAAAGAUUGUUCAACAUAAUGUUGCAAGCGGUUCUGAUUUGAAGAAACCAUUAGAUGUUUAUGAUGGUAUGUAUGCUGAAAAAGUUGUCCCACAAAGAUUUAUUCCAGGUCAAGUUAAACGUCAAGGUAGUAAAGUUAUUAAAUCAUUUGGUAAACUCGCAAGUACUAAAGAUGAUAGACAACAACUUGAGAAGUUUUUGGGUUUAUAA